GCCUGAUCUCACUGGCGCGAUUCCCGGGUGUGGCGCUGUAGAGCUAGAAGGCCAGGGGGAGCUAGUUGGCUAAGCAUCCCUUGCGACUGUCGUCGUAGUUAUCGAUUAUGGCAGAUCAUGCUGGUGACGAGGAUCGCUCGUCAGAUGGCCUUGUUUCAGGCGAAGCUGCAGCUGCAGAUGUAGACCAGGAAGACCGUGAUACUGACAAAGAGGAGGACGCAGUCCCGGAGAAAUUGGCUGAUGAUGACGAGCUGAAAGAAAAGUGGUACAGGAGGGCUUUCUUUACCGUCUUUCCAAAGCUGAGAAGAGUUGAAGAGCGCAGGCAAGUCUAUUCCAAUGACCGAGCUCGAAAUAAAGCCUUCAAAUAUGCGAACAACAUAGUGAUAACUUCCAAGUACAACAUUAUCACCUUUGUACCUCUCAACCUUUUUGAACAGUUUUUGCGAGUGGCAAACACGUAUUUUCUGAUUCUUCUUAUUAUUCAGCUCAUUCCUGGUGUGUCAUCCGUUCCGUUCUACUCCACUUUGGUACCACUGAUUGGAGUUUUAGCUGUGACUGCAGUGAAAGAUGCAUAUGAUGACGUCAAACGGCAUUAUAGUGACUGGAGAAUCAACAACAGGGCGGCUUAUCGAGUGCUUAGUAAUGGUGCUCACGAGAAAAUGAAACAGCAUUUGCGUUGGAAGAAUGUUCAAGUUGGGGAUGUGCUACGUCUCCAGAACAAUGACUUCAUUACGGCUGACAUGAUGGUACUAUCGUCAAGUGAACCAAAUAGUCUUGUGUACAUUGAGACUGCUGAACUGGAUGGUGAGACUAACCUGAAGGUUCGUCAGCCGAUUCCUGAAACCUCUCACCUGCAAAGUGAUGAAGAAAAACUGACUGCAUUUGACGGUCUAAUUGAGUGUGAACCUCCAAACAAUAGACUUCAUAAGUUUGUUGGAACUCUGCACUGGAAUGAUAAGGACUAUGCUUUGGAUAAUGACAAGAUAAUUCUGAGGGGUUGUCGUCUGCGCAACACCAAGUGGAUGUAUGGAGUUGUCGUCUACGCAGGGCAUGACACCAAACUUGUUCAAAACAGUGGAAGUACAAAAUUUAAGAGGACUCACCUUGAUCGUACAAUGAACACCCUGGUGUUUUUUAUCCUGGCUACACUUGGAACUCUACUGACGAUUUGCUGGAUAGGAUCAAUUGUUUUCGAGUCUGUGUAUGGAGUUGAUUUUACUGUCUAUGUUCCAUACUACAACUCACUUCAAGAUACUCCUGCAGAGGUAUCAUUCCUCCAGAUACUCUCAAACACAGUUGUCCUCAAUACACUUGUCCCCAUUUCUCUCUACGUCAGUGUGGAAAUUAUACGGUUGGGCCUUUCCCUGCUGAUCAACUGGGAUGAAAAGAUGUAUUAUGAAGUAAACGGCAUUCCUGCCCAAGCUCGAACCACAACUCUCAAUGAGGAACUGGGACAAAUCGAGUAUAUUUUCUCAGAUAAGACGGGUACCCUGACUCAGAACAUCAUGUCGUUUCUCAAGUGUACUAUUCAUGGCGUUAAACAUGGUGAAACUACUAUGGAGGAACCGCCAAUGGAACAGGAGGUGACAACUGGGAAGAUCAGUCGAGGCCCUAGUCCUGCACCUGACACUGAGGCUGCUAUGCUCGGUCCUGAAGAGAAAAAGGAGUUCAUUAAAGAACUAUUCAAAUGGAACCCACAUGCAGACCUGACUGACUUCAACUUUGUUGAUGACAAGUUUGUGGAGAUGUGCAGAAACAGGGAUCCAGAUGUUGAAGAUUUCUUCCGUGUACUCUCUUUGUGCCAUACAGUGCUACCACAGGAAGAAAAUGGUGUUCUGGUGUACAAUGCGCAGUCACCAGAUGAAGCUGCCCUCGUGUCUGCUGCUAGGAACUUUGGAUAUGUCUUUGUGGCAAGGAGUCCAUUCGCCAUAACUUUGAAACGACUAUGCAAAGGCUCAACAGAUGAAUGGAUAGAUGAGGAAUUUGAGGUUCUCAAUAUACUGGAUUUCAAUAAUGAGAGGAAGAGGAUGUCGGUGAUAGUGAAACACGAGGACAAGAUUACCCUCUACUGCAAAGGAGCUGAUUCCAUUGUGUUUGCAAGACUAGAUGAGACAUCAAAAGAUGCUAUGCAAACUACACUUAAGCAUUUGAGUCACUAUGCUAGAGAGGGUUUAAGAACAUUGGUGGUAGCGCAGAAACAUUUGACUCGUGAAGAGUACAGCCAGUGGGCUACUCAACAUCAUGCAGCAAGCAUUGUUCAAGUAAACAGGGAUGAAGAACUGGACAAGGUUUAUAAUGAAAUUGAACAAAACAUGACACUUGUUGGAGCUACAGCCAUUGAAGACAAAUUGCAAGAUGGUGUGCCAGAGGCUAUUGCUAACCUGGCAAAGGCUAAUAUCAAGAUCUGGGUACUGACUGGAGAUAAACAAGAAACCGCCAUCAAUAUUGGCUAUUCAUCGAAACUUUUAGUGGAGGAUAUGAGGGUUUUCAUUAUUAAUGCUGAGGAUAAAGGGGCAGUGAAGAAACAGCUUACUGAUGCUAAGGAUGAAAUUGUGAAUUGUGAGGAAGGAAAAGCGGUUGAGGAGCAGUGGACAGAUACUGAACUAAGGCUGGGACCACCUGGGCCUCCAUUUGGCAUCGUCAUCAAUGGAUCUAGUCUUCGUCAUGCUCUAAAAAUGGAAGACAUUUUACUGGAAACUGCUAGCCGCUGUCAGGCUGUCAUCUGUUGUAGGGUGACACCACUGCAGAAGAAAAAAGUGGUGGAUUUAGUCAAGAAGAGAAAGAAAGCUGUGACUCUGGCUAUAGGGGAUGGAGCAAACGAUGUUGGCAUGAUCAAAGCGGCUCACAUUGGAGUUGGUAUCAGUGGACUGGAAGGCCAACAAGCUGUUCUCUCCAGUGACUACUCAUUUGGCCAAUUUAGGUACUUGGAGCGUCUAUUGCUUGUUCAUGGACACUGGUCUUACCAUCGCAUGGUCACUUUCCUGCGCUACUUUUUCUACAAAAACUUUGCAUUCACCUUCUCCCAGUUCUUCUUUGCCUGGUUUUGUGGGUUCACUGCACAGACACUGUAUGACCCGACAUAUAUUGCCAUAUACAAUGUUGUCUAUACCGCUCUACCCAUCCUCUCCCUGUCCAUCCUAGAUCAGGAUGUAGAUGAAGACAACUGCUACCGUUUUCCAGAGCUCUACAUCGCUGGCCAGCAAAACAAGCGUUUCAACAUAUGGAUCUUUCUCCGUAGUCUAAUGAAGGGUGUAUAUGUGGCGGUUGUGUUCUUUUUCAUCCUCAUGGGAAUGACACUGACCAACUUCUUUCCCGAGGGCUAUGAGUGGGACUACCAAUCAUUUGGACUGGCUGCAUCUGGGGCACUAACAAUCACUGUCAAUCUUCAGAUUGCCCUGGAUACAUUCUACUGGAACCCCAUCCAACACGUGUUUGUGUGGGGUAGCAUACUGGCCUGGUUUCUGGUCCUUCCUAUCACCAGUUCCCCAGCGUUGUAUGUUGCUGGAAUCGGUGUCUUUAGGUUUGACUUUCUAGGCGUAUUCUACGAGGUGCUUCAAACAGCCACAUUCUGGUUUUACUGGCCACUGGCAACCAUUAUCGCUCUUGGUCCUACUAUCACAUUCCGAACACUGCUGGUCGACCUACGGCCCACCUUGGUAGAUGACGUACGUCUCAAGAUGAAGAAAGAAGGUCGAAGAGUGUUCCGCAGAGCACUUCUGAAAUCCAAACUCCCACGCAUAAGUUUCAGUUUGGCUGGCGUGAAGGAACGAACUGGUUAUGCCUUUUCUCACCAACGUGGAUUUGGAAAACUGAUACUGUCUGGGAGGAUGUUUGCUGGGGCAUCAGAAGAGCAAGUACGCCGGGAGAGAGAGCGACGAGUGUCGACUAUUGUUCAUUUUCCAGAACACGAAACUGUAGAUGCAGAUCCUAGUGUUGUUCAUCUCACGGUCCAUGUGCAGCCAGCCAAUACCAUACGUGAAGUUGAAGAGUCUACAGCUGAUCCCCAGUCUAUGCCAGCCUCCAAGUCUACCACUACUCCAACAGUGUUGGAUUCUCAACUGCAGGAACCGGAAAUCCACUCCGACAACAAUGAACAGAGGUCAAAAGAACUUCUUCAAACCGUUUCAGCAACUGCUGAUGCUGACAAUGAUGAACGGGUAGAGUCGACAAUGUAGAGAUAGGUUUUAAUUGUAGAUAGUAGAAACUUAUUAGGCAUGUGUACAAUGAACUCUAUUAGUUAAAAUUACUUUAUACUAAUUAAUGUUGGGUCUGAAUUUUUAUUUGUGUGAUGAAAUGAUAUUUAAAUGCAUUAUUUUGAUGUAGAACCAAUUUUUGCAUCAAUUUGUGGUAUUGCCUCUUUUAGUCUACCCCACUGUUCCACAGUCAGUGAUAUACCUGUAGAACAGUGAUACAUAAUUACGACUGUAAACAAUGCACUAAUCCUUGGUGCUCUCGUGUGCAUGGAAUUAGACCAGUUCUGUUUCCAGGAAAUCAUACAUGUAACAAUCCUUUUCUAGGGAUGCAGAGGGAUAUGUUAUUUUAGUAUAAUUAUGUGAUAUCACUCGUGCGCUACCCCAUCCACAUUAGUCCAGACUGAAAUGUAACACAUGCAGUGAUGUGCUUUAGUAGUCUGACAAAAAGUGGUCAUGUGGUGUCAUUUGCUUGCCCAUAGCACAUGUUUGACAGAGUUUUGCAAAACGACCAAUGAAUACCUCACCAGUUACUUAGACAAAUUUUCCUCUUGGAUGGUGGAUUUUGUAGUAAUGUAAGUGUUGACAUGGAUUGGUUAGAUUAUGUGGGGAGGUCUUCCCCCAUCAGAUUCAGGUGCGGACUAGCCUUGUUCCCAGGCCUCCAAAAGAAGAGGGGACGCCUGGUACAGACCGCAAUGCAGAAGCCCAUAAGGACCAUCCAUUGCCUUUAAAGAUUUUGAAAUUUCACUAAAAUUGUAGUUCCAUUCUACAAAACACUACUCCAUUACUAUUCUUCUCUGACUUCUUACAUUAUGCAACCAAUUUAGCGCAUGCGCCACAACAAUGGUGCUGUGCAAAACGUGUUGAGCCAACAGCUUGAUGCAGUCGUCUUACUAGUAACGCAUGCGCAUAAUGGGUGCGGUUGUGGAGUAGGCUUGGAUGGAUGUAGAUUGGAAGCGGUAUUAGAAUUGAAAAUUAGAAUGGGAAUCAGUGUUUGUGGAAUGGAAAUUUCUUGAAAUCUACUACAAUUGCAAUUUCCAUAAUGCAAUGUACAUGAACAAAAUAUAUACACCAUGUGAUGCACACCAUUCCCCAUAAUUUGGGUAACCUCAGUAAAUUUUCUCCAAUGCUUCCACGUGCUUGCCACGCUACUGCUUCGCGUGUCAACCUCGCUACUGGCAUC